UUUCUAUCUUAUUAACUGCCGUACUUGUGGUUUUAUACACAGAUGACAAAGAAUCUUGGAAGUAAUAUACAGAUUGAUAGAGCUAUGGAAGCCAACAAGAGAGAGAAGCCGAGUAAAAGCUCACAGGACACCCAGACCACGACUCAAAGAGCUUCUGUUUGUCACAGGCUUAUUCCGAAGGUUAAAAAGACUAUAACUGGACAGACGUUGAUUCCAUUAGGAGAUACGUUAAGAGAACGUUGGUACAUUAAGGGGAUGAUUGGUCACGGAGGUUACGGCGAAAUUUACUAUGCCAUCGAUGUUCGCAAUCAAGAGGAAGUAGCAGUUAAGGUUGAGCCAAGGAAGAGGAAAGGGCGAACCGUCAAAAGAAUGAUUCUAGAACAAAAAGUUCUGCUGCGGCUGCAAGGAAGGCCUCAUAUACCAAAGAUGAUAGCAUCCGGUCACGAUAACAAAAUCAACUUCAUUGUGAUGCAACUGCUGAGCGUGAACGUGGGAGAUCUCAAAAAGGCCAGCCCUGUACGUCGCCUAGGAAAGAGUAGUGUGGGAAGAAUUCUCCAACAAGCUAUAGCUGGUCUUCGAGACAUUCACCUUGGUGGUUACAUCCACAGAGAUGUGAAACCUGCCAAUAUGUGUUUUGGAUUGACAGCUCAGACACGCCAUGUGCUUAUGAUAGUCGACUUCGGUCUCACGCGCAGAUACAAAAACUUGGAUGGAACUUUACGUCCUUUUCGGCCAAGGGCCGGUUUCAGAGGAACCGUGCGAUACGUGUCGAUCAGGGUACAUGAUCGAAUUGAGCAAGGACCAGCGGACGAUCUUGUCUCUUUGAUUUAUUCUGGCCUCGAAUUACUGGUUGGCGAGCUUCCUUGGAAAUACAUUGUGAAAGGCGACGAAGUGAAGAGAGCGAAAAUUGAAUUGCAGCACGGCGAUCCUCAGACAUCAUUUUUGGCAUUGACGAGUGACUCUUUUCAAGAAUUCGCACGAGCAGUUUUUAGCUUAAAUACUGACGAAGAACCGAAUUAUGCUGCAUUGCAAGCUCUCUUGACGGAGCUCGUGGGUGACAGACGAAUGAGUGAUCCUUAUGACUGGGAAAUCAACUAUCGCGAGGCCAUCGAAGGUGUGCGAGUCUACCCCUACGGCUUCCAACAGAAGUGUCGAUCAAGACAUCGAUGCACUGCAGUGAUGGAAGAAGCUUAUUAGGUCAAACUGUAUAUCACUUACAUGAACUCGUUUAUCUUGUGCUAUAAAGAUCUCGCCAAAA